AUGUUGCAAGCUGUAAAGGGACAGUUUGCAUUAACCAUGACUCUUCUUGCUACUGCUCUGUGGUAUUGCAGGCAACUCUAUACAUAUAUUGCUCAUUUGCUAAAAUGGUAGGUUUGAUGGAGUAAUUCUUCCUCUGAAGUGCCACUUAAAGUCAAUGGGUUAAAGUCAAUGGGUGGGAGGGAAAGCACAAUCAAUGGUCAGUGCAGCCAGAUAUUAUGGUGGGCAGAGUUUGCAGGAUUGCAUAGUUUUCCUCUGUGUCAUCCCACCCCAUCCCUUUUCUCUCCUGUGUGCACAUGCAUAGAACCAUGGAACUGUAAAGUUGGAAGGGACCCAAGUAUUAUUUACACCAGGGAUGUCCAACAGGUUGAUCGCGAUCUACCGGUCGAUCGUGGGGCGUCCCUGAUCGAUUGUCGUCAAUCGCAUGAUCCUUAUUGAUUGCACACACCACCCUGCAAAAAAAGACCCCAGCUCCUCCCCCCCCCCCCAAAAGCUCAGCAACUUUGGUCAAUACAAUGGGUAGAUCACUGCCUGUUGUUUUUUUAGCGGGAGCAGAUUGCAGUCUCUUGGAAGUUGGACAUCCCUGAUCUAGACAACCCCAUGCAGUUCAGCUGUCCCCUACAUGCACAUACAAACACGCACACACACGCACACACACACACACACACACAGGAGACAAUUACCAAUUGGAGCAGUCUGGAAAGCUAGAAGUUGGGUGUGCAGUGUCCAGAGAUUCAGAUGACGCAGAGGGCUGCAUAAGUAGGUUUUUCCAGCCCAGCAUUAGAACCAUGUAACAGCCUUGCUAAAACAGAUCAUGAGUCCUUCUAGUCUAAGAGCAGGGAACCAGGUAUCUCUGCCAGCUUCCAAGGUUUGGUAUUCAGAGGUACAAGACGGACCAACAUUGUAGUGUGGAUUGAUGCUGUUCAGCAGUCCAGCUACUCUGCUCCAUUUGAUUUCCCUCUCAGCUUUCCCUCCAUUUUUUAAAUACCGUAGUUUUCUGUGUAUUAGACCCCCCCCCCAUGUAUAAGACGCCCCCUGUUUCAGAGGACUAAAAUUUAAGAAAGUGGGGGGAGAGGGCACAGAGUUGUUGAAUUUUUUUACGCUCACCCGCAUGCGGCGCAAAAUCUGCCUCUCGUCUGUCCCCUCGCUGGAAGAAGCUGUCAAUCGCCUGCCCAAUUGCCACAGCGUCAGCAAAUCAACACUAGCCAUUGACGCAUCAACCAAUAACACGCCCAAUAGCCGCUGACAGCCACAACAGCAACCAAUCAAAUGUCUACCCUAUGCACUACCCACGUAUAAGACGACCUCCACCUUUUAGCUUAAUUUUUAAAGAAAAAAGCCUAGUCUUAUACAUGGAAAAGUACAGUACUUCUGCAAAUAUCAAAAUUCCCCCCACCCCAACCUCUAGUGAGCCGGUGCUGCCAUUUUGGGUAUAUAAACAAUGGUCCUCACAGCCUGGACAUUUGAAAUAGAAAGCAUUGGGCAGCCUGAAUAGCAGUAGCAGGAAAUUCCACAUGGAGACUCCAUUUUGCCAUCAGGGCAAAUACUUCUUUAUAGUGCUUUAAUUUUUCCUAAUCCUUUCUGAAGGGCCAUCUAAGCUAGUGGCCAUUUACCAUAUCUUGUGGUAGCGAACUAUAUUUGUUUUUGUGUUACACAAUGAAGUGCUUCCUUCGGUCAUUUACAAAUCUCCUGCUCACCAGCUUCCAACAGUAUAAAUUAUUAUUAUUAUUAUUAUUAUUAUUAUUAAACAUUGCUUACUUGAUGCAGACUUUCUGAUUACUGUUCUUGCUGUUUGGCUUUCAGGUGGAGCAGAUACCUGCAGAGAAAAUUCACAAGUAAUAUAUGCAGUACUGUGUUAAUGUUCUUUUUUGGGGGGCGAAUUCAUAUAAUCUUAAACAGAUUCAUUUUACUAACUGAUACCUGCGCUUAUACUUAGAUAACCAAGGUGUUUCGGCUGAAGCUGAUUUGCUUGGCUACUGUGCAAAAGAAUGGAAAGAAGAAACAGAGCAGGCCAAACACAUGAGAAAGGUAAGACUAAGAAUGAGAGGGGUGAGCUACUAAUACGGAAAUGGACACACUGCAUGGAUGGCUGAGCAAAGUUCAGCUUGCUUGUUUGGCCUUCGGUUUUGUAUGUUUUUAACACAGAAUCUCUGCUAAAUGCCCGAGAUAUCAAGAUGAGUUUGGGCACCUGCAUACAGAACAAAAUUCCCUGUUGCAAAUUACAGUGGUGCCUCGCAAGACGAAAUUAAUUCGUUCCGCAAGUCUCUUCGUCUUGCGAGUUUUUCGUCUUGCGAUGCACGGUUUCCCAUAGGAAUGCAUUGAAAAUCAAUUAAUGCGUUCCUAGGAAGCCGCCUUCAGACCAGGUCCGGGGACAGUCUGUCCCCGGACCUCUUCUGAAGGCUGGGGGGGCAAGGGCUUUCUUCCCACCCCCAGCAUUUUAAAAACCCGGGACAGCGGAGGACUUCUCCGCUGUCCGGGCGAUCUUAAAAUGCUGGCGGGCGGCAUUUUAAAAUCACCCGGGACAGCGGAGGACUUCUCCGCUGUCCGGGGCAAUUUAAAGCCCCUGGGAAGGCAGGCAGGGGGACAAAGACUUUGCCCCCGCCAGCCUUCAGAAGAGGUCCUGGACCUCUUCUGAAGGCGGGCGGGGCGAAGUCUUGCUCCCCCGCCUUCAAAAGCCCUCCGGGACAGGCAGGCAGGGGAGCAAGACUUUCGCCCCCGCCCGCCUUCAGAAGGUCUUCCCUCCCCCGCCCGGCCCGGAGCACCGUUCCGAGCCGGGCGGCAGCGGAGGUCUUCCCUCCCCGCCCGGCUCGGAGCACCGUUCCGAGCCGGGCGGCGCGGAGGUGUUCCCUCCCCCGCCCGGCCGGAGCACCGUUCCGAGCCGGGCGGCGGGGAGGUCUUCCCUCCCCACCGCCCGGCCGGAGCACCGUUCCGAGGCCGGGCGAGGCGGAGGUCUUCCCUCCCCCGCCCGGCCGGGCACCGUUCCGAAGCCGGGCGCGCGGCGGCAGGUGUUCCCUCCCCCGCCCGGCCGGAGGAGCCUUCCGAGCCCGGCGGCGGCGGGAGGAGGUGUCCCCGCCCCGCCGCCAGGCUCGGAGGAGGUCCGAGGACAGUGGGGAAGACGCGCUGCGCUUCCCGCUGUCCCUGAGAUUUCCCUAUGGGCUGUCGUCUUGCGAAGCAAGCCCAUAGGAAAUUCGUUUUGCGAAGCGCCUCCAAAACGGAAAACCCUUUCGUCUAGCGGGUUUUCCGUCUUGCGAGGCGUUCGUCUUGCGGGGUACCACUGUACAAUUUCAGCAUGACCGACACCUGUGCCAUUUUCAAAGCAGGGAGGAAAUUAUCAUCUGUUUAUUAAGUUUUCCGUAUAUACCGGCCUUUCAUUCGAGGAUGACAUGGCAAUUUACAGUGUAAAGACACAAAAAUAUGUAACUUAAUAAGAAAUGAAGCAAUACCCCCCAGUUUAAAAGGCCGCAGGUUGUUUAAUUAGCCAAAGCUCUGGGAAAAGAGGAAAUGUUUUCACGUGGUGCCUUAAGAUAUGUAACAAAGAUGCCAGAUGAGCCUCCCUGGGGAGCUCAUUCCACAAGAGGGGAGCUGCCACAGAAAAGGCCCAGUCUCAUGUUGCCACCCUACAGACUUCUCAUGGAGGAGGCACACAAAGAAGGGCCUCAGAUUAUGAUCGCUGGGUCUGGAUCAGUUCAUAUGUGGGGAGGCGAUCCUUGGGGUAAUAUACUGCAAUGCAGUAUCUGCCUUGAAAUUUGAAAUAUCACAAAGUUGGCAUGCAAAUUCAGGACACAGUGAGUGUGGUUCGAUGCAAUUGUAAUCAACGGCUUAGUUUUAAAAGAACAAGUUGACUCAUGCCUGCACCCCUUGCUUGGAGGGGGAGAUCGAAACCUUCCACUUUUGAAUAAAAGAUGGUGUUCUGUUACAUCCACAUUUGAGAAACCGUGCUUAGUUCAAAGGAACCAGGGUCAUACUGGUUUCAGAUUUGUUAAUGAACCAGGUAGACUAAAUCACAGGUUCCCACAUAACUAGAAACUGGGAUUUGGUCAAAAGGUGAUGCUUUCAGUCCUCCCCCCUCAGAUGCAGAGGAGGAAAGGGGAGCAAAGACUGUGCAAACAUACAACUUGUUGCAGCUUGUUCUCCUACGAAACCAAAGUUCAAAAUCCAGCGCAGCCCUCUCCCACAUCAACAGACUUUCAAAGACUGCAUGAAAGAUGCAAGCUGCACUACAAUGUCUCCCUUGAAUGCAUAGAUUAAGCAAUAACAUUGAGGACAUCGCUUCACAACGUAAUUCCACUUCAUUCCUUACAGCCAUUUUCAAAGGGGAGCAAAGAUGCAAAAUAGAUCAUAAUGUACUAUCCAUGACAAGGUCUCCACCUCAAAAAAAGGGAUGCUUCAUCUAGUAGUACAUAGGUUUAUAAUAAAUAAAGCAGAACUCCAACUUUAAAAGCUUCCAAAACAUGUGAUUUUUGCUGUUGUUGUUACUAGCUAGUUUUCUACUGGUUUAUGGCCUUGCCUUGCUUGCUGCCUGCCUGCUUCACCUGUAGCACAUAAAGAGGUUUGUUGCCCAAGGCUAGGAUAUAUUAAAAUUAGGCUUCAAGGUGCUACAGUGGUACCUUGGUUCUCAAACACCGAAAACCCAGAAGUAAGUGUUCCGGUUUUCGAAUGUUUUGGGGAAGCUGAACAUCCAGUGCGGCUGUCGGCUAUUGUUUUUGGGGCGCCUGCACCAAUCAGAAACUGCGCCUUGGUUUUCAAACUUUUCAGAAGUCAAACAGACUUCCGGAACAGAUUAAGUUUGGCACUUUUGUUUUUACUAUUUAUUUUGCAUUUUUGUUUUGGAAACUUUUUCGGUUAAUUUGUUUUUGUGACUGUGUGGAACCCAGUUCAGUUACUGAUCGAUUUGAUUGUGUGACUGCGGAAAUGGAUAAAAGCCCCCCAUCCAAACAAUGACUAUCAUCAGUGCAAGUAAGGAAAAAUAAUAAUUUUUUUAUCACCUACAAUACUGUCUUAUUUAUUUUAUAGUACAGUACAUUGAUUAUUGCUUUCAUUUUAUGGAUCAAUGGUCUCAUUAGAUAGUAAAAUUCAUAUUACAUUGCUAUUUUAGGUUUUUUUAAAAAAAGUCUGGAACAGAUUAAUCCGUUUUGCAUUACUUUCUAUGGGAAAAUGCGCCUUGGUUUUGGAACGCUUUGGUUUUGGAACAGACGUCCAGAACAGAUUAAGUUUGAGAACCAAGGGACCACUGUACUUUGUUCAGUCCCUGAAUAAUUGGUAUCCCCGAGGUGAACACGGCUGUCUAAUGGUUAGUUCCCAUAUAUCGCAUUGCAGUGAAAGAGACAGAACACAGGAGAAGGAAAAUGAAACAUCCUCAGUGUCUGGAAUCUUGGCCAUUCAGGUAUUAGAAAAUUUGAUAAGAUGUGCUUUCCCCCCCACCCCCACUAAUUAACAUGGUGCACAAUCCAUUGGGAAGCUCUCCUUCACAAGAUUCACCGAAAAUGUGGUGGUCUUGUGUGAGAUAACAACUGUGCUGCUGCGCAGCUCCCAUUUGCUUGAGAAUUGAAUUGGAGGAAUUUCUCCCCGUGGGUUGCAUUCCAGUGGUCAGCUCUGACUGCCACCCAUUCGGCUGCUCUUGCUGAUACCCAAAAUUUAGCCCCUGACCUUACCUCGUGGUAGAGCUGCUUGUGGUGUUCUCCUUUAGAAUGGUCCUCGAUCAACUGCUCCAGCCAAUCAUUUGUCCCCAUCCAAAAUUCAGGAAAUACCAUUCCUUGUUAAUUUGGUAUUUUCUCUCUUUUUCUUUUAAGGCCUAUGAAGAGUUGUUUUGGAGACACCAUGUGAAAUAUGUACGGCAGGUCAGGGGAGAUAACUACUGUGUGCUGAGAGCUGUGUUGUUCCAGAUUUUCAGCCAAGGUAUUCCUCUUCCAUCAUGGACAAAGACAACAGAUGUCCUAAAGGUACGUCCUGAAACAAAUGAUUAUAUGCAAAGUGAAUGCUUUUCUAGUCUAUUAGUACAUUUCCAAGCACAAUUCAAAGUGUUGGUGCUGACCUUCUAAGCCCUAAACGGCCUCAGCUCAAGUAUACCUGAAGGAGCAUCUCAACCCCUGUCAUUCAGCCCGGAUGCUAAGGUCUAACUCUGAGGGCCUUCUGGCGGUUCCCUCACUGUGAGAAGGGAGGUUACAGGGAACUCGGUAGUGGCGCCUGCCCUGUGGAACGCCAUCCCAUCAAAUGUCCAGGAAAUAAACAACUAUCUGACUUUUAGAAGACAUUUGAAGGCAGCCCUGUUAAGGGAAGUUUUUAAUGUAUGAUGUUUUAUUGUGUUUAUAAUAUUCUGUUGGGAGCCGCCCAUAGUGGCUGGGGAAACCCAGUCAGAUGGAUGGUAUAUAUAUAUAUACACAUAUACACACACACACACACACACACACACACACAUACACACACAGUUGUACCUCAGGUUAAGUACUUAAUUUGUUCCAGAGGUCCAUUCUUAACCUGAAACUGUUCUUAACCUGAAGCACCACUUUAGCUAAUGGGGCCUCCCGCUGCUGCUGCACUGCCGCCGCACGAUUUCUGUUCUCAUCCUGAAGCAAAGUUCUUAACCCGAGGUAUUAUUUCUGGGUUAGUGGAGUCUGUAACCUGAAGCAUAUGUAACCUGAAGCGUAUGUAACCCGAGGUACCACUGUGUGUGUGUAUGUAUAAUUAUUAUUAUUAUUAAUGUAGUAUACAUAGUUCUUCCCCUUUCUGUUUUAUCCUCACAACAAUCCUGUGAGGUAGGUCAGGCUGAAAUCAACUAGUGAGCAUUAUUGCCGAGUUGGGAUUCUCCCAGGUCCCAAUCUGACACUGUUGCCAAUUGCACCAUGCAGACCGAAAUCCUAAAAUUCCCACUGAAUUACUCCACUGGUUAUGUUCUCUUCUGUUUCAGCUCCCCGAGAAACUUCUUUAUUCUCAAGGCUGCAACUGGAUCCAGCAAUAUAGUUUUGGAUCAGAACAGUACACGGGCUCCAAUACACUGGGAAAAUUGCGUAGAUGCAUUGAAACGUUGAGAAGUCAGGUGAGUGGGAAGGUAUUAGCAGGAUGGAUGGAUUGCCCAUUGUCACUAUAAACUAUUGCUGUGCUAUGGAUGAAAUAUUAGGGCCACAACCUUACAUAUCAGCCCAUUGGUCUAUUGUUAAACUGUUAAGUUGUGGGUGAACAUAUCAGAUGACACAGCGAUUCUUCAAACAGCUCUUGUUUAUUCACUGGCCAGAACAGAACUGAACUGAAGGGUUCAGUCAGCCUGCUUAUAUAGAGCUCCAGUACAACGUAACUGUAACAAUUUCCUAAAACUAUCCAAUCACUGAAUGUCACUUUCGAUCCCUUAUUUGCAUAACUAUCUACAGUAUCCCCCUGCUGGCCCAGGGUGAGAACUUCAGUACAUAACACCCGUCCCCACCGAGAUAAGGCGUUAGUUACAGUCGUAAUGGUUUCCUUAUAUACAGCAUUACAUGUAAUGGUUCAGUUAGGCACAAAAGCAUAUCGGUUACAUUUCACAUACUUCCAUUAGACCAACAGUGUAGUGCUGUAUAUAAGGAAACCAUUACGAUUGUAACUAACGCCUUAUCUCGGUGGGGAGGGGUGUUAGGUACUGAAGUUCUCACCCCGGGAUAUCAAACAGGGUUUUCUCCAAGCGUGAACUGGAGGUGAUUGGGAUUGAACCUGGGAUCAUCAUACAAAGCAGACGUCCUACCACUGAGGAAAUGGGAAGGAGACAAUUGAGGCGCAAGGAGGCAGAACAUUCAAUUAGUUUAAUCUGUAGAUCAGUUAACAGAAGCUCUAGUCAACUAAUUAGUGGGGGUAAUCUAAUUGGAGAGGGUACAUUUAAUAUUACAGGCCUGAAAAAUAGAAUUAAAAUACACUUUUUGAUGGGAUGGGGAGUGGAGUUAUUCUUAUUAUUUUACAGUUACUGAAGAAAACGUUCACACCUUGUAUCUCCAAAAGGCACCGCAUUGAGUUUUUAGUGAUGUGCAAAUUUAUUGAACCGAUGUGGUUUUUAAAAGCGGGAGAUUAAGUGCAUCAAAUAAAGGCUUGUCUCAAAGGGCACCAUUUGUUUUUAAAGCUUGAUAACCCACCUUUAAGGACAGCUACUCAGAGCAGUCAGUGGCCGAGAGCUGAGUGGCUGAACCACAGGUGUUUCAAGCUACCUUUUACACCUGUGAAUCACCAUUAUCUGUGUGCAAGUGGGACCUGUAACAAAAUCUUGCAAGGUACAAAAUAUUUACAGUGUUCCAGCACAUCUCUUCCACAGUAUUUCAUUUCAUUCCUUCUCCCCACAAUUUUCUUUUCUUUACUUCCGCAGCCAGUUGGCAUUCCAUGACCACCAAUCACGCUCAGUCCUCUCAGGGCCAUUUUGGGAUUUAUUUACUUUUUUGCCACCUUAAUAGUACAGUGGUACCUCAGGUUACAUACGCUUCAGGUUACAGACUCCGCUAACCCAGAAAUAGUGCUUCAGGUUAAGAACUUUGCUUCAGGAUGAGAACAGAAAUUGUGCUCCAGCGGCGCGGCGGCAGCAGGAGGCCCCAUUAGCUAAAGUGGUACUUCAGGUUAAGAACAGUUUCAGGUUAAGUACGGACCUCCGGAACGAAUUAAGUACUUAACCUGAGGUACCACUGUAUGUUCUUGUUUUGGUAUUCUGCUGUCCUUGGGCUUCACUCAGCUUGCUGGUGCCUUACUUCUACUCUUAGUGCCUAAUUGGACCAGAAUUCAGAGAACUUGAGUUUGCUGUUAGUAUAUACAAUAUUAAAUACGUCAGCUAAAAAUAAAACUGCUACUUUCUAUUUAACUGUUUUAUUCCUCAAGCUAACUUUUUGCCCCCACCUCUUCUGCUUUUUGUUGUUCCAUGCAUUAUAGUGGAUGGAAGUCAGUAGUAUUAAAGACCCAUAUGAAAGAGGGAACUUGUGCAACGCCCUUUUUGCUGAUGAAAGUAUGGAGCACAAACUGUACGAGGCCAUAAAAUUCAUCAUGCUCUACCAAGUAAUAGAAGUCUACGAAUGCUUGAACAACAAGCAAGAGUGCAUCCCAAGUUUUUUUAACCAGCUUUUUGUACGCGAUACCUCCUUGGACCCUUUGAGCUACAUGAUGAAUCAUCUGAACGCCAUAGGGGAGAGAAGAGGCCUCGAUCAGGUAAAUAUGAGCUGGAAAAACUAAAUCCAACGGUUCUGUAGCAUUCAAGAAAAGCUUCAAAUACUGCAGUACUUGGAUGUGUUAAUGCAGCUUUGUCUACACCAGGAAAACAAAUAAUAGGGCAAGCUGUGUGCAGUAAAAAAACAGAUUUUUUCUUCAAGAGGCAACCUGAAUUGUGCUUCUGCUUCUUCUAUCUCUACUAGUCACAAGGAAGGGACAAUAAAUAUAUGGGCCCUGAAGCUUCAUCUCCUGAGCAGUGGAAACCUUAUUUGGCCAUAUUUAUUUUAUCUGAGAUUUCACAAGACAUCUCCCAUGCACUUUCAAGCCUAUCUUAUUUGGCACUUGGAUUAGUAACUGUUUUCUAAAAUGAAGGAGCUCAUUUUCUUUCUUAAGAAAUUGAAUUCUACUCUUGUCUGAAACAUAUAUCUCCAUCUUUACCUCAGGAAAGCUUACAGAAGCUAACAAGAGAGUUAGAAAACCAUAAAUUAACAGUUUAAAUCAUCCCUUGCGAGGAAAUAAAAGAAUAUAGCAGCAUUUUUAAAGUCCAGAGACAGUUAAAGCUACUUCAAUAAAACAGCAAUUUAUAACCCUAAUGGAAUCUCACCAAACCUUCUUACAAUGUUUAUCAUUCACAUACACGUUUUUUCUCACAUCAGAUUUAAAUUUCCAGAGGUGUAUCAGUCAGUUUCAUGAGUUUUAGUAGAUAUUCCAGAUAUAGAAUGCCACCCUACAUGUCACGGAUAGAACAACAACAAAAAUAGGCUUGGGAUCACUUAUCAUGAAACUUCUAUUCAUGGGUUCCCACUUGUUUUUAUAUGGUACUUUUCUUCACUGCCUUUAAAUGUCUGAGUUACAUCUUUUAAUUCCAGACAUGACUCCAAAUCAAUGUCGACAAAUUCAAUUUAUUAUGGUUUGCUAGUGUGUAAUUCUCAUUCUUUUCUGCUUAACAGGUCGAAUUGUUUCUCCUUGGGUAUUCUCUUGAAGUCAAGAUAACCGUUUACAGGUUGUGCAAGUUUAAUUCAGCCGUUUCCCAAGAAAGCUACACAGACGUGUAUCAGAGGGACUGGCCAGAAGUUUUUCUUCUUACUGAAGAUGACCGUCACUAUCACAUCCCUAUUAUCAGGAUGUAA